GCCACGCGCCACUACCAUGGUCGAGGCUUCUCCACCAGGCGCCGUUACCACGGUGGCGGCGUCCUGGCUAGGCGCCACAACCACGGCAUGGCCUUUUGGCUAGGCGCCAGCCACCAUUUCGUCCUUACGAUGCGUUACGAACCUCGUUUUCCGAUGACGACGGCGAUUCUCCGGUGAUCCUCGGCGAUCCGGUGCUGUUCCACAUUUUUUUAGUGCGAAAAAUUUAUCUUCGGUUAAAAUUAUAAAAAGGGCAAAUUUGUCAAAAAAUUAUAAAAUGUGGGCUUUAUGUAGAGAUUUGCGGGCGAUGAAUAACAAGUCCCAGUACCCUCUGACGAAAAAAACACAAAUAAAAGUAACCAAAGAAAAAUAAAAAUAAAAUCAAACGUUAAACCCUAAACCCUAUUCGGAACUGUGAAAUUUCAGUCCCAACCUCUUGAACUCUCCUCUGCUACUCUCUCUCACCUUCAAACCUUGGAGCUGAACUGCAACAAUGGCGGCUUUAAGCUACAAGAAGAGCUACCGUACUGAUCAAUCAUUGCAGCAGUUCUACACUGGUGGCCCCUUUACUGUUUCUUCCGACGGCACAUUUCUCGUUUGUACUUGCGAUGAUUCUAUCAAAAUCGUCGAUUCAUCGAAUGCGUCGAUUAAAUCCACCAUUGAAGGUGAUUCUGAGCCAAUUACAGCUCUUGUGCUUAGCCCUGAUGAUAAAUUCCUCUUUUCUGCUAGCCAUAGUCGCCAAAUCAGGGUUUGGGACCUCUCUACGCUCAAAUGUAUUCGUUCUUGGAAGGGACAUGACGGGCCGGUGAUGGCUAUGGCCUGUGAUGCAUCAGGAGGAUUGCUAGCAACUGCUGGAGCUGAUAGGAAAGUUCUUGUAUGGGACAUUGAUGGUGGAUUCUGCACGCAUUAUUUUAAAGGUCACAAAGGGGUUGUCACUUGCAUCAUGUUUCAUCCUGAUCCUGAUUGCCUUCUUCUUUUCUCUGGAAGUGAUGAUGCAUCUGUCCGGGUUUGGGAUCUUAUCACUAAGAAGUGUGCUGCAACAAUGGAAAAGCAUUUCUCUGCAGUAGUUUCCUUGGCGAUGUCUGAAGAUAGAAGGUUCUUACUUAGUGCUGGAAGAGAUAAGGUUGUUAAUGUGUGGGACCUUAAAAGCUAUGGAUGCAAGACAACCAUACCGACAUAUGAGGUGCUUGAAGCUGUUUGUGUUAUUAAUUCCGGAACUGUAUUCUAUGACAGUUUGUCAUUACAAAGGCCUAAGAAGAGCAAAAAUAUCAUGCAAGAAGUUUAUUUUUUAACUGCUGGUGAACGUGGGAUUAUCCGAAUAUGGAGCACUGAAGGUGCAUUUUGUUUAUUUGAGCAGAAGACUUCAGAUGUAGCAUUUAGUCCAGAUGAAAAUGAUUUAAGAAGAGGUUUCACUGCCGCCUGCAUGCUACCCUCAGAUCAAGGAUUGCUAUGUAUUACUGCUGAUCAGCAGUUUCUUUUUUAUUCCCCCUUGAAGCAUUCUGAAGAAGAUCUGUGUUUGAGUCUCUGUAAGAGGCUGAUCGGAUACAAUGAAGAGAUAGUAGAUAUGAAGUUUUUAGGUGAAGAUGAAAACUUUCUUGCUGUUGCCACCAACCUGGAACAAGUACGGGUAUAUGAUCUUGCUUCAAUGUCAUGCUCCUAUGUACUUGCUGGUCAUACCGGGAUCGUUUUGUGUCUUGACACCUUCACGACAACUUCUGGAACUAUGCUUAUUGUAACUGGCAGCAAGGACAAUAGUGUCAGAUCAUGGGACUCAGAAAGCAAAAUGUGUUUAGGGGUUGGCAAUGGUCAUACAGGAGCUGUUGGAGCUGUUGCUUCUUCAAAGAAAUUGCGGAACUUUUUUGUUAGUGGUAGUAGUGACCGUACAAUAAAAGUGUGGAGCAUUGAAGGACUUGACAGUGUUACUGAAGAGCCUAUCAGCCUUAAAGCAAAAGCUGUCGUAGCAGCCCAUGAUAAGGAUAUCAACUCACUUGCUAUUGCACCAUGUGACAGCUAUGUUUGUAGUGGUUCUCAGGAUCGCACUGCCUGUAUAUGGAAGCUUCCAGACCUUGUGUGUGUUGCAAAACUCAAGGGCCAUAAACGAGGAAUCUGGUCUGUAGAGUUUUCUCCUGUUGAUAGAUGUGUGUUGACAGCAUCUGGAGAUAAGACAUUAAAAAUGUGGAGUCUUGAUGGUUCAUGUCUAAAAACAUUUGAAGGACAUACAUCUAGUGUAUUGAGAGCAUCUUUCAUCACCCGUGGGACUCAAUUUGUUUCGAGUGGUGCUGAUGGAUUACUGAAGCUUUGGACAGUAACAAGUAACGAAUGCAUUGCUACUUAUGAUGAACAUGAGGACAAGGUAUGGGCCCUGGCAAUUGGAAAGAAGACAGAAAUGCUGGCUACAGGAGGUGGUGAUGCAGUUAUUAAUAUAUGGAAUGAUUCAACUGCAGCUGAAAAGGAAGAGGCUUUUCGUAAAGAGGAAGAAGGGGUUUUGCGUGGUCAAGAGCUUGAGAAUGCAAUAUCAGAUGCUGAUUAUUCUAAAGCAAUCCAGAUUGCCUUUGAGCUUAGGAGGCCUCACAGGCUAUAUGAACUUCUUUCUGAACUUUGCAGGAAAAAAGAUGCCGUCGAUCAUUUGAAGAAAGCUCUUUUGCAUCUUGGGAAGGAGGAAAUGCAACAACUUUUUGAAUAUAUUCGAGAGUGGAAUACCAAGCCAAAGCUGUGUCACAAUGCCCAGUUUGUGCUUUUUCAGAUUUUCAGUAUGCUUCCCCCUACGGAUAUUGUUGAGGUGAAAGGCAUAGGAGAACUUCUUGAAGGGCUCAUCCCUUAUUCCCAGAGGCACUUUAGCAGGAUUGAUAGGCUUGAAAGAAGCACAUUCUUGUUAGACUAUACACUCAUUGGCAUGUCAGUUAUUGAGCCCGAGGGUGAAAGAAGAAAUAUAGAAAACAACUCUGACAAGAAAGUAGAUAAAGAGGACAUAUCCAGUGAUCCAGUGGAUGCAAAAAAAGACUCUGCAUCCGAACCAGCUGUGGAGACACAGCAGAAAAAGGGCUCAAAAAAAACGAAAAUCUAAGAAGUCUUCAGAGGUUUCUAACAAGAAGGUUAAAAAUGUACCUACAACAGAAUCUUCAGCUGUAUCAUUACAAGCAUAAUGCUGCUAAUUUGCUUUUUAUUUGUUCUAAAACUAAUUGUAAAGAUACCUCGUAAAAUAUUUUCAUUUAUAGUUUAUUGUUGUGUACAAAAUCACAAUUUUGUAGCUGUAGCAAUGGGAUUUUGUAAGAGUCUGUAUGCAAGAGUUAUUGUCCCCAAGUUUCUUACAAGAUCAAGUUAUGUCAAGAAUGAUUUACUA